AUGGACGGCUUUGCGGAGACACGAGUUCCACCACCAUGUGAUUCGAUGGAAGUAUGCAUGCAGGAUAUGACAGAGCCAGAGGGAAUCUUGGAACCAUGUGUUAAUGAAGACGGACAAGUGCCUCCAUACCAGCGUUGCUUGUGGAACGUGAUCGGGAGCGGACCGACGGGUCACAUCGAGAUUCUCUUGACUCCAAAGGAUUUUGGGAAUUUUCCAAAUAGAUCCCUGAUAUUGGAAGUUGGUUAUGGAUACAAAGAUGAUUUCCCAGCCGGAAAUGAUGAAACAAUUCUGGCCACUUUCGAAACACCAGUCUGGGAGAACGUAUUGGUAACCGUCGAUGGUGAAGACGCAUGGGUUCAUUUGCUCACUCGGAGGACUAUCAACCCCAUCCAAGUCUUCUACAGCAAUGAAAACCGAAAUGGAGUGCCCCCGCUCUUAUCCUUUGAAGUCAUUCUACUUGUGAGUGCUGAUCAAUACGAAUUCGGAGUUCCGAACGAUAAAGGUGCCGAGAUCUUAUCCCGGCAAGGUCAUUCGUAA